GCAUGGAGAUUGUGGACCGAAGAGAGGACACUUGAACUGAUUGAUACAUCAGUGGAGGACUCGUGCAUUUUACCUGAGAUAUUUAGAUUCAUCCAUGUGGGUCUCUUGUGUGUGCAACAACUUCCACAUGACCGACCGAACAUGUUAUUGGUGGUUAUGAUGUUGAGUGUACUCUGCAAGUCAGUUCUCUUCGCUCAUAAUUGGGGGGAUGGAAUCGUGAAGCGAAAGCCAAUCCUCUCUCUUAGGAAAGAUGAAGAUGGAGAAACAAAGGCAAUGAGCUUUUAA